ACUCGCUCCCUGGGGACCGCUGUUUCCCACGUGCCGGAGCUGACGCGCCGGAAGUUGCGCAGUGGCACAGGCCGGCCUCAGCCGGGGACGCGACUGGACGUUGCAGGGGGCGGGGGUAUCGGGGCCUCGCGCUGCAGCGGCCGGCUCCAUGGGCGCCUGCGGCCACGCGGAGUGCGGGGCGGGCCGCGCCCGCUGAAGGAGAGAAGCCGGGACCCGCUGUGCUGGCGUGAGCAGAACUGUAAUUCUGCUGAAGUAACGUCAGAUGAGUGCUGCCCAGCCUGCAAAGAGAGAGGCCAGAUACAAGCUUUACGGACUUACCGCAUUAGCUUUCAAGAGUCUAUUUUCCUUUGUGAAAAUCCACAGUGCAUCUACCCUCUGGGCUAUAAACCAUUAAACAGCAUAAUAAUUCCUGCUGAUUCAGAAAAUCAUCAAACUCAGGGUACUGAGAGAAAAAGGAAGAUUUUUGAAAUCAGUCCUACAGCUUCCCCCAUUGAAUCAUGUUCAAAACAAGCUAGGACAAACAACAAUUUGAUAGAUGCUGAGCAUACUUUAAAUACUGAUCUUGUUGUCAAGUGUAAUGGAUAUAAUUUGUGUGAGACCCGGCCAUGCCUACCUGAUUUAUCACCGGAUGAUCAGCAGAAAUAUAAUCGUACGACUGAGUCUCUGGAGCAUAAUGUGGACUUGGCAACUGCUAUUACUGUUGGUGAAAGUCCUGACUCUAAUUCCAAAACAGAACUUUUCCCAAAUUCUGAACUUUGUUCAAUAAAAUCUGAAAUCUUGCAUACAGAAAGUAAACCUUCAUUGUUCACAGGGCAUUUGUGUCUCCAGUGGAGGAACAUACAUGCUCUGUGUUGGUUAGACUGUAUUUUGUCAGCACUGGUACACUUAAAAACUUUAAGGAUUGCUGUGACUGAAGCUUGCACUGAAGAAUCUCUAAUCCAGAGGCUGUUUACAAAAUAUAACCAAGCGAUUGCACUCUUGAAUGCCUGCCAAAUAAAUAAGCUAAAAGAUGUUCUUCCAAAAGCUGAGUCACAUCUGAAUGAAAUCAGAAAUACGGUAUUUGCUCAACUUCAACCCCAGCUUAAGUGUGAAUUGGGUAAGAAGGAAAGUCCAGUAUUUGCAUUCCCUCUGCUUUUACGAAAGGAUCCCCAAGUCGAGACACUUUUCCUGCAUUCUUUUUCAUGGAUGUUUGAAUGUUUACAUUGUGGCUACAGCCACCAAGACAGGUGUAGGAAGACGCUAACAACAUUUACAAAUAUAAUCCCUGACUGGCACCCACUUAAUGCUAUUCAUAUUGCUCCAUGUAAUAAUUGUAAUGAUAAAUCUCAAAGAAGAAAAAUGAUUUUGGAAAAAGUACCCUCAAUAUUCAUGAUACAUUUCGUAGAAGGUUUGCCACAUAACAAGCUGAAGAACUAUUCGUUUCAAUUUGAAAGCGAUUUCUACCAAAUAACAGCUGUUGUUCAGUAUCAACAAGAUCCAGAACACUUCAAAACCUGGGUUUUGAAUUCUGAUGAAACUUGGCUUGAAUGCGAUGACAUCAAAGGUCCAUAUUGUAAAAGACAUGAGAGAUUUGAAGUUCCUGUUUCAGAGAUUCACAUUGUCAUCUGGGAAAGGAAAGCAUCCCAAGUGCCAGAUAAAAUUUGCUCACAAGUCCAAAAUGUAAAAUCUGAAAAUCUUCCUCUUAACGAUGCACAGUCAAGUUCUUCUCUAGUGUCAAAUUGUGAUGGUGAUAAUGCCGUAGACAAAAUAACUUCAAUAUGCUACGAAAAGGAGAUUGUGGGCAUUCCUGCUAAUGAACAACAAAAAGUGGCCAGAGAGAAUGAAAAUAGCUUGCUUUCUGGCUUAGAAAAUUUGGCAGAUGAUGAUAUUAUAACUCUGACACUUGUAGAAAUUCAAGUUGAUUCUGAAGGUAAACCACUGGACAAUGGACAGAUAGUGGGAAAUAACCUAACUGCUGAAACAGGCUUGCUGAAAGAGCAGGGGUUAGCUUGUUCAGAUAAAACUGCACGUACAGACGAUGUUUGUAGUCAGACUACCUCCAGCAACGUGUGCACACCGUCUGAAAAUGCCUGUAUUUCCUCACAUCUCGGACAGUUGGAUCUAGUGCAUACUCCAUCUGCUGUUCCUGCAAACCAUUGUAGUGACUCGUCCACACCAUCACACGCUCAAGAGGCAGAGGCCAAAGCUAGCUCAGUCAACACUGAAAAUAUCCUGUUUAAUCCAGAACUCUUGCAGAAUAAGAAAUUACCGUUAAUGGAGAACGUUAUGCAGAAAUCAUCUAACACCAGAAACAGAAGCAAAACUGGAGCAGACUCGCAGGCUGCAACUUUGUCUGCUACCAAUAAUUCCUCCCAGUCUUUGCAUAAAGAUCAAAAGAGAGGAUUUGUAGGAAGUUGGGUAAAGGGGUUAUUAAGCAAACAUAAUACCUUCAUGCCUUCAAGUGCCUUAACCCAUCAUAAGAAAAGUUACAAAAAUCCUUCUUUACUAAGAGCAACUGACUUACAUCUCCCUAAUAAGGGGGCAGCUAAUUUUGGUGGCUUUGAAGCCAAGGGUACAUGCAAAACAACUGAGGGGGCGCCUAAAUCUUCUGUUUGUCAAGAUGGAAAUCUUCCUCCUUUGUUAACAAACAUCACUGGUCCUUCUGCAAAUGCUCGUCUACCUGUAGUAAUCCCUGUAGUUGAUGGUCCAACUUUGAAUAAGUCUGGAAGCUCAUUGGGCACCUGGAGUAAAGUAAUUCAGCCUAACACUCCUAUCUUUAAUUCCAAACCUAGCCAUGGGGAAAAUGGACAUCACAAAUCUGAUGUGAAGGAUCAAGAAUCAAAUGCCAAAACUCACAAACUUCGUUUAAAACUGCUUAAAAAACUGAAGGCUAAAAAGAACAAGUUGGCCUCACUUGAUAGGCUGGCAAAAACUCAGAUGCAUAAUGGAAGCUCUCCAAACAGAGAUGUAGAAGAUCUCUUACAAUUUGGAUCUCCUCAUGAAAGUGAAUCAGUACAGAACUUACUGAAGGAACUGCAGUAUCAGAUUGAUGCUGCAGAUAGUGAAUCUGUAUAUAGUACAAACUCCAACAUGUCAUUAUGCAGUAGCCAGAGUAAUGCAGAGUUUUUAGCAGACUUAUUGUCGCCUACUUCCAUUGUUGCUUCUUCGGAGCUUCCAAAAGAUGAGUGUACAUAUUUGGAAAUGGUGGACAGCAAUACUGCAGCACCAGUGCACAGUGAGAGAACCAACCUCACAUGCGUCACUGUGGCAAGCAAAGACCAUAAUUAUUACAGUCCUGUAAAAGAAAGCAAAUAUGAAGGUAACACAGACUCACUAAUAAACAAAUCCUGCUUGAAAAGACUUUCCUUUGAAAGCCCCACAAAGGAGGAUAUCCUUGAAGACCUGUUCUCCCCUGCAGUGUUGAACUCAAUAGCAAGCGACAUAGAUUUACCUCAUUUUGAUGAAACUCUGUUUGAAACUUGAAUUGCUGUAAUAUUCGUUUUUAACACUUGAGAAUUUUGUAUAUCAGCUUUCACACAAAGUAUUAUUAAAUUAUAUUUUCAAACUAGUUUAUUUGCACGCUGGCUGUACUUGAACAUUGAAAAUCUGAAGUAUUUGUCUCUUACAUUUCAUUGUAGCUGUUGAAUAAGAUUUUUAGUCUUUAACUUUUCCAAUUAAAUAACUGAGAAAGUUGAUCUUUCACAAUCUUUUAGUGAACGUUAAUCUUUUUUUCACCUGGUUCAAUGUGUAUUUUUGUGUUUAAUUUUAGAAAGGUGAAAAUAAAAUACAUUGUUUUCUGGA